AGGCGCCACAUCGGUGUGAGCAGCGCCCGCCCUUUCCGCUUCCGCCGUCGGAGCCGCCGCCAUGAUCGGGGACCUGCUGCUCUGCGGGACGCUGCUGAUGAACGCCGGCGCCGUGCUCAACUUCAGGCUGAGGAAGAGAGACACGGAGGGCUUCGGCGAGGAGUCGAGGGAACCCACGACCGGUGACAAUAUCAGAGAGUUCUUGCUGAGUCUCAGAUAUUUUCGAAUCUUCAUUGCCUUGUGGAAUGUCUUCAUGAUGUUCUGCAUGAUUGUGUUAUUUGGAUCUUGAAAGUCAUCCACAAACAUGUCUGUUAACUUGGAAGAGACUUUUGGCUGGAAACAUAACUUUUCUAUAAAGUAAAAGAUUAUAAUGCUUUCAAAAUACAGCCCUGGGAUUGUGGCCCGUUCUUCGGUGCAAGCUCCUAACACGCUCAAGGGACAGGACACGUUCAUCCUCUUCAGCCAGUCAUGUAAUAAUACGGUGCAUGCUGGUUCGCUUGCUGCCGGGGGGAUUGAGCCUUUAGGCCCCUGAGCCAAAAUCUUCAAAGUAAAAUUAUUUCGACUUUACUGAAAUAAAGAGAACUUGAAAUUGUUUUGCUAGGCUUAGAGUGCGGUACCUAGUGUGCAGGGUAGAAUUGGAGCAUGACUGAAGACCACAAUCUUAAAACUCUGCAUUGUUAAGUCACUCCCAGCUCUGGAUGUGUCUGCUAAUGUCACCAUUGUCUAGGGUACUUGGAAGUCGCACUUGUUGAUUCUCAUUUUUAUAAAGUUGAGCAAAGUAUUGGUGUUACUUCUCACUGUUCCAUUUAGUUUUGUUGGAGAAGCAGAAAAGGAUGAUGAAAAAAAUGGGAUUCUCACCUUCUCACUUCUUUUUCCAACAAUGUCCUUUUUAAAUUAGAAUUUCAAAGAUAAGAUUUUUUUUUUUUUCCUAAGCAACAUGUAAGGGAUUUUGAAUAGGAAAAAUAGCAAAAAUAAUUCUAUAAGCCAAUGCUAAGGAAUAGUUUUGGAAUAACCUUGGAUUUGGUUGAAUAAAGUUGUUCUAUUUAAGGGUAAAAUAUGUAUUUGAUGCUGUGUUCAUUCUGUUACCGGAGAAAUCAAUUCAGUAUUGGUGUGUUUUGAGAAAUUGUAACUAGUCGUGUAAUCGUGUCUGGAUUCUUGUGUUAUUUUUAUUUAUGUUAAGUUAGCCUCUUUGACCAGCGGCUUUUCCCCAGCAUCACCAAGAUCAUUUAAGAGAGUGCAGUGCUGGGUUUCUUUUAAAUCAAACUGUAAACUGUUAGCGGAGGUUCUUUGGCUUCAGUUUCUUUAGCUGUCUGACUGUUGAAAAGGAGAGAGAGAGGCCUCAUUUAAAUGAUUCUGAGGCUCAGGUUUUAGCAAAUACCUUGAAUUUUAUCUGGAUGCAGUUGGGUAGUCAGACGCAAAUGUUGGGCACUCGCAGCAAUUUACUCGAGUCACCCUCUCUUGCAUUAACUGAAGUUUUCAUCUUAAUGAAACACGAAAGGGGAAGGGUAGUUCCGCUCUUUUGGGGAAGGACAGUUUGAGGGAAGAUGCCUUGCUGUAACGAACAUAGAAAAAUGUAUGGAGGAAAGGAUCCUUCAAGCGUGGUUUGAACUGUGCAGAAAUACUUACAAUCCCGCGUUAAAUUUAAACAUACUCCUUGUCUUGUCUGUAAUUUCUGUAUUUUAUAUUUUAACCUUUUUCUAAUUCUUUUGAAUGAGCAAAAAAAAGUAGCAUGCUGCCUUGUCAUGGCAUCCAAACAAAAGCCAGUGCUUUAUAUAGUUCCUGGAAAACAUUUUCUCCCUAAUCUUCAUUAAACCAAGUCUUCCCCUGCAAUGUAAAGGUGAGGGUCACCUUCGGCCGUCACCAUCUGUGCAUGAGACGCCAGAGGCCCCUGGACUCGGCACCGCAGCGCUCAGGCUCUUUCGGACUCGGGGGGGUUUAAUUCUAACUUGGAAAAAUGGUUGAUCCUGUGCAGAACUGACAGUCUGCUUCCUGAGCAACGCUUUGAAUGCAGUGAAUACAGGAAACGGAGGAUGAUCAAGCUCUACUGGUAAAGGAAUACGGACAAUUUUAUCGCUCUAAAUAGAUUAUGUGGCUUAAAAACAUGCUGUCACCUCAAGAUUUCAUUUGUUCAAAAGAAUAAAAGUUGUCAUUCAGCUCCUAAGCGGGUUAAACUUUAAAAAUUACUAGUUAUUUUGAGCUGCUAUUAAAUACUUUGGGAAGUUUAAAUGCUGGGCUGAUCACUUACCCAGUGUGGUGCAGGAUGCCUUUCGCUCUAAGUUUUUUGUUGUACAGCUGCUUUUCUACCAAGUCCGUUUUUGUAUUACAAGCUUCUGAAAACCUGA